AUGGGAACAGGUCUGGGCAACACGUGUCUCCUGAUUCAGACUCUACUCAUAUUGGAAGCUCCCCAGGAUCACCGUAGGCAGUUCCUAAUGUUGGACCCAGAAGAGAAGGUUUCUGUGGAUCCGGCUGUGCUCUGUCUCUCCUGUCUGCUUCUCCUCUCACUCUGGAAACAGAGCUCUGGGAAAGGGCAGCUCCCAACCGGCCCCACUCCUCUCCCAAUUCUUGGAAAUAUCCUACAGUUAGAUGUUAAGGACAUCGGCAAAUCCUUAACCAAUCUCUCAAAAGCAUAUGGCCCUGUGUUCACUGGGUAUUUUGGCUUGAAGCCCACCAUUGUGUUGCAUGGUUAUGAAGCAGUGAAAGAAGCCCUGAUUGAUCUGUGAGAAGAGUUUUCUGGAAGAGGCAGUCUCCCUGUGUCUCAAAGAGUUAAUAAAGGACAUGGAAUCCUCUUUAGCAAUGGAAAGAGAUGGAAGGAGAUCUGGCGCAUCUCCCUCAUGACACUGAAUUUUGGGGUGGGGAAGAGGAGCAUUGAGGACCGAGUUCAAGAGGAAGCCCACUGCCUUGUGGAGGAGAUGAGAAAAACCAGUGGGUUACCCUGUGAUCCCACUUUCAUCCUGGGCUGUGCUCCCUGCGAUGUGAUCUGCUCCAUUAUUUUCCAGAAUCGUUUUGAUUAUACAGAUCAGAAUUUUCUUAACUUGCUGGGAAACUUUAAUGAAAACCUCAGGAUUUUGAGCUCCCCAUGGAUCCGGGUCUGCAAUAAUUUCCCUGCUCUCAUGGACUAUAUCCCAGGGAGUCAUAACAAAGUACUUAAAAUUUUUGCUUAUGUAAAAAGCUAUGUUUUGGAGAAAAUAAAAGAACACCAAGCAUUUCUGGACAUCAACAAUCCUCGGGACUUCAUUGAUUGUUUCCCAAUCAAAAUGGAACAGGAAAAGCACAAUCAGCAGAUGGAGUUUACUUUUGAAAACUUGAUAGCCACUGUAACUGAUUUGUUUGGAACUGGGACAGAGAAGACGAACACCACACUGAGAUAUGGGCUCCUCCUCCUGCUGAAGUACUGAGAGGUCACAGGUAUGAGCAAGAUGUCCAGAAAGAUUGACUGUGUGAUUGGCAGACACCAGAGUCCCUGCAUGCAGGACAGGAGCCACAUGCCCUACAUGGAUGCUGUGGUGCAUGAGAUCCAGAGAUACAUUGACCUUAUCCCCACCAACCUGCCCCAUGCAGUGACCCGUGACGUGAAAUUCAGAAACUAUUUCAUCCCCAGGGGCACGACUAUAGUAACAUUGCUGAGUUCUGUGCUACAUGAUGACAAAGAAUUCCCCAACCCAGAGGUGUGUGACCCAGCCCACUUCCUGGAUGAGAGUGGCAACUUUAAGAAGAGUGACUACUUCAUGGCUUUCUCAGCAGGAACAAAUCCCCUAUUCUUGGGAAAACGAAAUUGUAUGGGAGAAGGCCUGGUCCACAUGGAGCUGUUUUUAUUCCUGACCAGCAUUUUACAGAAAUUUACCCUGAAAUCUGUGGUUGAUCCAAAGAACAUCAACACCACCCCAGUUUCUAGUGGGUUUGGCCGUGUUCCGCCCUCGUACCAGCUCUGCUUCAUUCCUGUGUGAUGAAGGGCAGACUAUCCGGCUGCUGCCGUGCUGUUGUCUGUAACUUACUCUCCUCUGGGGCAUCAUUCACCUCCUUCUUGCUACUAGGGAUGCUCUCUCUGACCUCCCAUCUCAUAUCUCCACAUUCUCUUGAUAUCCAGCAAAUAUCCAACCUCCAUUAAAAGAAAGUUUACUGAGUUUUACUGCACAGAUGUUAUGUGCUGUCUUUAUAUUCUGUAACACUUGUACUGACUACCACAUAAGCUCAUACUUACCUAAGAGUUGGUACUAUGUUACCACUGUGAAACAGAGUGGAAUGAUUAGUGUAAGCCAGUACAUGGCCAUUUGUCCACCAUGUGUUCGAAAUAAAAAGCAUCAGUAUUUGCUGAGACAGUCUCAGACGUUCCUUCUUUUGUACCUAAUGUAGGUAAGAAAUGAUAGAAAAUGGAGUCCAGAGAGAGCAUGCUUGUCCUCAUAAUGUUAAGCAUGGAGAGGGACAAAGGGGAAGAGGGCAGAAAAACUCUCUUUGCUGAGUGUCACCUAGACUUACUUGAGGUUUGGAUUUGAAAAUGAGAGAAGUUGUGUCCACAAGCAGCUCCAGCCUGUAGGGAAAUAGUGAGAUCAGCAGUUGGGAGGAAUGAACAAUAGUGUUGGAAUUCAUUCCUCUGGUUUGGUGUUACUGUGAACACCAAAUAAAGAUAUGAAACGUUCACAUUACUUUGUGUUUCAAACUUCCAGUCAAAUAUUAACCUGUGUUUUCAUAUUUCUAAUCAUGUAUUCUAAGUGUUAGU